AUAAAAAAAAUCACCUGUAUUAGUAUUUUUUUAUCUCGACUUAAUAUAUUUUCCCAUUACAAUUAAUUAGGGUCGCGAUAAGUGAAAUUUACUAAAGCACGAUACACGUCGGUAGUCUAAUAACUAUAGUUAUCUAUUUGCCGCUAUCGCAAACGUUUAUUAAGUUGUGUGUUGUUUAUGAAGCCGCGGGAGAGCCGCUUCAGUUGUACAAUAUAUUGUCUAAACACAUUAUAAUAUAUAGGGAGAAAUUUAUAUAAUGUUUAUACAAUUAUUUUCGGAAAGUUUACAUGGUGAGAGAAGCUUUUAAGCCUCUGAAUUUACUUUGGUUCAUAUUAUUGUGGCGUUCGUUAUAUAGCAAACAUGUUAAAGUUUCAAAUAUACACCAAAAUGGACCAAUACAUCUUAGGUAUAGACAUAGGUACCACAUCGGUUAAGGUAGUCAUAAUAAACAUAAAAGACCAUACGGUGGAGGCGCACCAUGAAAAAAACACUCAGUCCAACAUCCCUAGCGAUACUGGUCCAGGCGGAAAUAAGCAGGACGUGUCCACCAUCAUUUCCGCGAUCCAUUUAUGCGUUUCAAAGUUACCCAGACAUUUGCUACAAAAAGUGAGCAGAAUAGGCAUCUGUGGGCAAAUGCACGGAGUGAUGCUAUGGAAAAACGACGAAGAAGCGAAGGCCUGGGACAUCGUUGACAAGGAGAAAAGCGUCAGGUUCGAUAUAAGGAAAGAGAGAGUCUCGGCUUUGUAUACUUGGCAAGAUAAUCGGUGCGAUCCCGAUUUUUUAGCCGCCUUACCCGAACCCGAAAGCCAUUUGAGAUUGUCGUCUGGAUUUGGUUGUGCUACGCUCUUCUGGAUGGUCAAAAAUAGGCAAGAGAAAUUGAAAAAAUACAACUGUGCAGGCACAAUAACCGACUUCGCGGUCGCCAUGUUAUGCGACUUGGACAAACCGGUCAUGUGCAACCAAAACGCCGGCUCCUGGGGGUAUUUUAACUGUAAAUUGAACAAAUGGAACACGGAUAUCUUGGCAAAGAACGGAUUUCCGGUAGAUUUAUUGCCGGAAAUCAAAAAUUCGAACGAAAUCGCCGGGUAUUUGGUGGACAGUUGGCACGGGAUACCUAAAGGAACCCCUAUUGGUUUGGGUUAUGGAGACAUUCAAUGUUCGGUGCUGUCCACUAUAGAGCAUCGAUGCGAUGCGGUCCUAAACAUAUCGACCUCCGCUCAAAUAACGUUCGUAGUGGAAAACUACACGCCCCCCGAUAGACCCCAAAAGUUACCGAUAGAAUAUUUUCCGUAUUUUAAUCAACAAUUUAUCGCCAUAUCGGCCUCCUUAAAUGGCGGCAACACCUUGGCAACUUUUGUAAGAAUGUUGCAGCAGUGGACGAUGGACUUAGGGUUUAGUGUGCCACAAUGUAAAGUUUGGGAAAAAUUAUUGGCAGCCGGAGACGAUGAUAGUUCUGUCUCGGAUUUAGUGAUAAAACCCACGUGUUUAGGCGAAAGACAUUCCCGAGAAACCGGGGGGUCUAUACAGAAUAUUCAUGUAGGAAACGUGGGGUUAGGACAAGUCUUUAGGGCCUUAUGUCGAGGUUUAAUUGAAAAUUUACAUAGUAUGAUGCCCAAAGAAAUCCUACAAGAGGCUAAAAUAAACCGAAUAGUGGGAAAUGGUUCUGGCCUGUCGAGAAAUAACGUGCUUCAGAAGGAGAUCCAGAGGUUGUACCAGUUGCCCCUGGUGUUCACUACGGGAGGAGACGCCGCCAAGGGGGCGGCCAUGGCCGCCGCCCUAAUUAAUUAAAAAUAUCAGUUUUAAUUAGUGUUUAAUUUGAAAGCUGAUUUUUGCAUAUACAGGGUGUUAAUAGAUCAUUUUUAGGAACUUUUGUGCUGUGAAAUGAAUUUAUAUAUUUGCUUAGUUUUUUAUUUAUUUGAUUGUAAGUGCUUGUGCUAAUAAAUUGUUUAAAAACA